ACUGGGCAUUGUCGUUUAACUCUAUGUGUUUUUAUAGUAAGGAUAGGUAAGUAUAUAAAGUGUUAAAUUGAACGCGAGCGUCUGAUUUACCGAGUUGUUUGCUACAAGUGGACGUGUCUAGAUAUUAUGUUGCUCGUACUGGGUGUUGUGUUAGCAGUUAUCGGCCAAGGACUUGGUGGUUAUGUUCAAGCCAAAAAUGAAGCCAGAGAUGAGGCCUCGGCUGUGACGCCUUCGGGUCAGUUCAAAGGAAUCAUGGACGUGACUCGGCGAGGGCGGCAGUUCGAAUCUUACCGCGGCAUCAGAUAUGCCGAGCCUCCAGUUGGCAACCUUAUGUUUCAGCCUCCAAAGCUAAUGGUGAAGUAUGAUGGAGUGGUGAACGCCACCGCCGAGGGUCCGUACUGCCCGCAGCCGACCGAGCCGGGGACGUACGUAGAUGAGGACUGUCUCACUAUCAACGUACACACGCCCGUCAAAAGUGCAAGAUCGAAGCCCCUCCCGGUGAUAGUGUACAUGCACUCCGGCGGGUUCUACGCCGGCAGCGGGCGCAGCGACAUUGCCGGCCCGCACUACCUGCUAGACCGAGACGUGGUGCUCGCCACCAUCAACUACCGCCUAGGCUCACUAGGGUUUCUUAGCACCGGGGACGAGCUCGCUCCCGGUAACAACGGCUUCAAGGACCAGGUGGCGGCGCUGCGCUGGGUGAGGGACAACAUAGCGGGCUUCGGCGGCGACCCCCACAGUGUCACCAUAACCGGCUGCAGCGCCGGCGCCAGCAGUGUCAUGCUGCACAUGAUCUCACCUAUGUCUGAAGGACUAUUCCAUCGCGCUAUAUCUAUGAGCUGGUCGCCGGUGGACAAGGCUCCGCUGCGAAGCGACAUGAACGACUUAGCGGUGAAGCAGGCGCGACUACUGAACUGUCCCACCGACAGCUCUAAGGCUAUAAUCGACUGUCUGAAGACCAAAUCGUGGAAGGAACUUGGCGAUUCGCUUGAUAGCUUUGCUGAAUUCGCUUACGAUCCUAUCGGUAUUUGGUUGCCAAUCAUUGAGAAAGAUUUUGGACAGGAAAGGUUUUUAACAAUGCAACCGUUAGAUGCAAUCAAGGAGGGCAAAAUCCACGCAGUCCCCUACAUCAUCAGUCAAACGAAAGACGAGUUCUUUUGGAAGGCAUACACUAUCCUCGAAAACAGCACUUUGACCAAUCAGAUGAACGAGGAAUGGGAUCGUGUGGCCCCCAUAGCUUUCAUGUUACCGACCACGAACAGAAACAACGCGGUGAGGCAACUGAAACAAGCGUACCUCCACGACAAACCCCUGACUAACAGCACAGAGAGUGCUGAUGGACUUGGGAAACUGUAUGGUGAUUCUGUCAUAGGAUUUUCCGUACACAGGCUAGCGAACCUCAUGUCGCGUCACUCCGGCCAGCCGGUGUGGUACGCGGAGUUCGACUACACCGGCAACCACAGCCACUACGAGAAUCCAGUCACGAAGAAACCUACUGGCGCAGCUCACCACGACGACCUCAUCUACAUAUUCUCGCUGCGUGCUGUGUUCCCUGACAUUGGGCGGGACGGACCCGACGCUGAAAUGGUCGACCGGAUGACUGCUCUGUGGUACAACAUGGCUAGAUAUGGAGACCCGAACCCCCGUGGUGACCAGCCCGAGCUGAAGGGUGUACACUGGCCGAGAAUGACGCCGCAGAAACGCACAUACCUCUCCCUCGACAAGACCUUUUCCUUGCGUGAAAACCUCAAAGAAGAUCGGUUCCAAGUUUGGGAAAAAUUGUAUCCAAUCUCCUACUAAUAUUAGUAAGUUUAUUAUAAACUUUUACGUGCAAUGUAAAUAAAUAUUUUAAUCUAAAUA